AGCGUACUGUAUAGAAAAUUACGACUUGUGAGUCUGGCCUUAGAGCUUCCUGGGGUUGUGGGAAGAAUCCAACAUUACAAUGUCGGUCUAUAAAGAUACAAGGAUUUCACCUGACAUCGUUGAUAUAGACAACAUCAGCCAUCCAUCACUUUCUGUGGCCAUAGAUGGGAAGAAGAAAAGGUUUUGUCUUGAUCUUGAAACAAGAGUGGAGAUAAUAAAUUAUAGAAGUGAAAACCAAAACAUUUCACAGCGAAGCUUAGCGAAAAUCUUUGGCUGCAGCAAAUCACAAAUCCAGAGAAUUUUGGAAAAGAGGGAAGAGAUCUUACAAGAUUGGAAUUAUAAAGGUCCUAUUGUUAGGAAAAGAAGAAGAAAAGAGGAGUAUCCAGAAAUCAAUCAAUAUCUUUUGGAGUGGUUCAUCAGAUGUCGAAAUUCCAAUAUACCAUUGAAUGAUAAUCUCUUACGAAAGGAAGCUCUCUCAUAUGCUAAGGAGAUUGGAAAACAUAAUUUUAGCGCUUCUAAUGGAUGGUUACAGAAAUGGAAACAUAGGACGUAUAUUGACAUUUUGAACAUGCAAGUUGCCGAAGAAAAUGGCGAUGUCGGUAAUGAGUCAAUUGAAAGUUGGCAUGAGCAUGCACAAGAACUAAUGAAAAACUGUGAGGCAAAGGACAUCUGGAAUAUGGAUGAAACCGGAGUUUUCUGGAAGGCAUUGCCAUCAAAAUCAAUUGCAACCAAAGGAGGGCAGUGUACAGGGAAAAAUGUUAAAGAACGAUUGACAUGGGCAUUUUUUGUUAAUGCAGAAGGCAAAAGAGAAGAUCCAGUUGUUAUAGGACAAAGCCACCCAAAGUGCUUUAGCAAUUUGAAGAACAAGUCUUGUCCUUAUCAAUGUGAUUAUUAUGCUUCAGAUAAAAGUUUUAUGACAAGUGAGAUUCUGGAAACUAUAUUGAAGAAGUUGGACAGUAGGUUGGGUCUUGAAAACAGAAAGGUACUUCUGUUCAUAGACAGUGCUCCCUGCCACUCAAAAGAGUUAGGAAAAGAGCUUCAGAAUAUAUGGAUAGAGUUCCUGCCAAAAGACACAACUUUAAAGACCCAGCCUCUGGAUGCUGGUAUAAUUGAUCUAUGGAAGGUGAAGUUUAGAAAAAAGCUUCUGCAAUUUGUAUGCAGUAAAAUCAGUGAUGGACUAACAGCAAGAGACAGUGUCAAAAGAGUAACUCUACUGCAGUCUAUUCAAUGGGGCAGAAAAGCUUGGGAGGAAAUUGACAAGCAAGUUAUACUGAAGUGCUUUCAGAAGGUGAGGCUUAUACCAAGAGUUGCUGGUAGCGAUGAGGAGUAUGAUCCAUUUGGAGGCGAAGACAUGAUGGAAUUUGAUUCAUUAUGCAGAAAAGUUAGCGAUUGCUCUGCUAAUGAUCAGUAUGUGAUUCCAGAUGCACCUUUCUGCGAGGAUGUAGAAUGCAUUGAUCAAGAUAACCCACUUUGCAAAGACGGGAAUAUAGUCAAGAAACCUGAAGAAGACAAUAACGAUGAUAAAAGUGAUGAUGACUACGAUGUUCCUCUGAAGGUGCCUACAUUUAAAACUGCAUCAGAGGCACGGACGGCGUUAGAGCAAGUAAAAGACUACGCCAUUUAUAAUGAUAAUGAAGAUUUGUCAAAUAUGCUUGAAGAAGCCAUUGCACAACUCAGAUAAAUGUCUGACAAAUCAAUUAAUUUGCGUAGUUGGUGCACUAAUGUGCUUGCUUGAAUCAUUGACCUUCUGAUUCCGUACCAUGGAGGUACGGUACUGCCUGUUUUGAGUUAUUAAACUUUGAUCGAUAAAAUUCAGAAUUUUUGCUUUUAUUGAUAUUUAGCUUCCAGUUGUAGAGCCAAGAAAUAUUUUCUUCACCAAAUAUGCAUAUUAUAAAGAAUAUUUUCUUUUUGUAUAGACUCUUUAUAGUGGCUGGUAGAGUAUUAAUAAAGUCUGCAAAAAUUAAAA